AAAAAUUGUGGUAGUUUUGCAAUUUGCAAACUCUCCCUUCACUCAGCUAAUUUUUGACUUUGAGCUCGUGAGUUGUAGCAGUAUGUAGUCUCUUCCGGCCGGCACUUGUAAUGCUAAAUCCACGACCUCCUUUUUAUUCCCUUCGUUUGAUCAAUUCAUUCGUGUACUCAUCUCACCCCACCACCAGCUGGCCACACUUUCUCCUCCGCAUCCGCAGCAUCGCCGCCGUGCGAACAACCAAAGCGUUCUAUUCUUCCUCCGUUCGCACAUUUGCCCAGAUGGAUUCUGAGAGCGUUAAGUUUGGCCCUUAUAAAAUCGACCCAAAGGAAGUGUUUUACGCUACUCAGCUUUCAUAUGCUUUGGUUAAUCUCCGCCCUGUCGUUCCUGAUCUCACUGCUGACGAGGUUAGUGAUCUAUGGUUAUCUGCACAGAAGAUCGGGUCCAGACUUGAGACCUAUCACAAGGCAUCUUCACUUACAUAUGCAAUCCAAAUUGAUCUGAAGGAAAAGGAAUUGAAGCAAAACCUUGAUCUGGACAAAGAGAGGAAGGACAGAAGCAUGGAGGAGAUGGCCGAGGAGGCCGAUUCUUAUAGGAAACUUUUAUUAUAGAAACUCAGAAUUCAGCUUGCUUGGUACUUCAAAUUAUUUCGCAUCCUGGAUUAUAUAUGCACGAUUUCUAAUGAUACUAUUUUUGUUAUCUGUGGACUUUCAACAACUGCUGCUGUUGUUUGUUUUGCAUUUAUUGGCCUGCUUUAUGAUUGGAUAACACAUCCAUUGGGAAUCUUGAUUUCCUUGGUUUGUGGUCCGAAGAACAGAUAAAUUAAAUCAAACCCCGAAUGUGUUAAUAAGGAUCCUCGCAUCUAAUGGGUUGAUUGUAUCUAGACAUGGCCAAGGGUCACCCGGCCCGGCGACCCGGGCCUGACCCGGCACGGACCCGGCCCGGACAAACCCGUUGACCAAGGG